AUGCAUCGUUCGGUGCAGGAUGCUGAUUUUGAUGUCGUGGACUUUGUGGACACAGUGGCGCUGAGCGCACGCCAAGAUGCUCUGCACCAGGAUCUGAGGCCAGCAGACCGCCUCCUUCUGGCCUUUGACAAUGCGAUUGCUGAGCUCUGGCAUGUUCACGAGCAGGUUGAGGAAGAAGUCACACGCCUCGAGGUGAGCUGCCGCAGCCAGGAAGAGCGACACCUGGACACACUAUCAAGCACCACGCAUCUGCUUUCGGAGGCACACGAAAGUCUGCACAAUUUGGGCCACGGCAUCAAUGGAGUUGCUCUGAAAAUUGUCCAUGUUGGCGAUCAACUGGAAAAUCUCAAAGGCAAACGCGAUCGCUGUCUCUCUGCUGCACGACUCAUCGAAUACCGCAUGCAGCUGGAGAAUGGCCUGCCUUUGUCGGCACCCCUAUCCAAGCUCGAGCCUCGCGAUGACAUUGCCAAUGCCGACCCCGAUGAGAUUGGCGUUGAUGACGCCGAAGAAGAGGAGGACGAGUUUUCACUCGAUAACGAUGAUCUGGCGCAUGCUGCCAGCAUUGUUCAACAACUCAACUAUCUGUGUCCAACCAGCAAGCGUCUAACUGGAGUGCGCUCCUACUUGGAAUCAUUGAUUAAGCACCGCUUUCAAGAGUUGUUGAUCAUUGAAGACGACGAGGGCAUGCACCAGCUUGCCUCCGUGUGCCUUCAGCAUGUGCCCGAGUUGUAUCCAAAGCUCAUGCACAUUUGCAUCAAGGCCGUCGUCCGCACGAAAGCACAUCUGAUCCAGAUCGAUCCCUUUGAGGGUAUCGCCAGCAUUGCUCGUCAGGAGGGGCUUCGCCUGCAGAAAAUAUUCGAGUCCCAACCCGUUACCGUGGCCUUGGUCCAGAAAUUGUGCAAAGAGGAUCUAAAGCCCUUCGUUCUGGCUGCUGUAGAAGGUGCCCCAGAUCGUCUGGCUGCCGUGCACCGCAUGUACAAACGGACACAAAGCGUGCUUCAAAGUAUUUGCGAGGAGCUGAAUGUGCCAGGUGGCCCCAAACUUGGACUGCAGCUCACGCGCGCGGUUUUCCAGGCGGAGUUGGACAACCAUUUCGCGGGCGAACUCGAUGCCAUGCUAUCCAGCUAUGGCAGCGCCCUGGAAGGCUAUUACGCCGGCAUUGGUCAUGAAAAAGUCAUCGGGACUUCGCCUCGAACACCGCGUAAGCAUGCGCGGAGCAAAUCCUUGGAGAGUAGCCAUAUCGAGCUGUCCAUGACCUUGCUCAGCGAUGAUCUGGCUGCCGAGAUGCUGGACGAGAAUCGACUGGCCCUGAUUCGAUGCCGGGACCUCAGUCCUCUCCGCGACGCCCCACAAUGGCCUCUGCAGCUUUUCUCGCGGCUUCUCACCGCGUUGGGGCAAGAGCACAUCAAGUAUGCACUCUCCGUAGCAACCAAGUACUUGCCUCCCAAAAAGCCCAAGACAGAGCCGAAGAUCCAGUUUUUCGAUGUGCUUCGAGAUGUCAACAAGAUUUUCUACUUGCUUCAGCGAUCUGCUCAUCUGCAGAAACACUUUCAAGAUGCGCUUGUACCCAUCAUCCGAGAUGACCUUGAGCUAUACCUUGCGUGUCUCAAGCACAAGAAUGAGGUCAUGGAGGAUUUAGAACAGCAGCUGGCCAGCGGCGUCGAAGUGUGCCUAGACGCGAUCAUCGAGUGGGUCAAGGUAUCCCUGACCAAAGAGCGCAACAAACUUGAAUUUCGCGUGGAGGAUGCCGAAGUGCUCAACGCACCAUGCACGCAGACAUGUACCUAUGUGGCCAACUUUUUACGAGCUCAGAUUCAGAGUAUUCACCAAAGCCUGAAUGGCAAAAACUUGACCAAUGUACUCCACGUCCUUGGGGUGCGGUUGCACAAGGUCAUUUACGAAAGCAUCAAGCAGUUUCAAUAUACAAUAUUGGGUAAGGUCGGCGGGCUGAACACCCUACCUCUUGAACCGGCUUGGCUGACCUAUCGGGGAACUGUGGCACGAUCAGGGGGCAUGCUGCUUGCCCGCGACUUGGCUGUGUACGAGAAGAUCUUACAUCAAUUCUCGGACCCGUACAUCAACGAGCUGCUCGAAGUGUUGCGCGAACUCUGCUACUUGCUGAUUGUCAAGCCUGAAAAUAUCGCACAGCUUUGUAGCGAGGGCAAACUGGCAACACUCGACCAGAGCGUCGUGACAGCCUUUCUUCAUCUGCGCAGCGACUUCAAAGCUGCAAAGAUCACUUAUUAG